CAUUAGCAAGUUAUUUUGAGACCGCGGACACUAGUCCUAACAGAGAUAGACCGCGGCUUUCUGGACAAACCGGUUAAUUGAAACUAAAACGCGUGUUGUUUGGACACCAUUUUUACACAUUUUAUCCGGAAUAUCUCUCUGAUUAUCACGGGACAUGUUUGUUUAGUUGGUUACAUUUUUCGUCCUAAUUAUCUAUUUCUUUAUUUAGAUAGUGUAGCUGUGCUCGUGACCUUCAGCAGUGAGAUGGAGCUGGAGCAUUUCGAUGAGCGGGAUAAGUCGCAACGGAACAGCCGAGGAGGGGGCAGGCUAAACGGGGUGACCAGCCCGACACACAGCGCCCACUGCAGCCUCUACCGUUCCCGGACACUCAAGAACCUCAGCUCAGAGAAGAAGGCCAAGAAGGUCCGCUUCUACCGCAACGGGGACCGCUACUUUAACGGGAUAGUGUACGCCAUCUCAGUGGAGCGGUUCCGGUCGUUUGACGCGCUGCUGGCGGACCUAACCCGCACGCUGUCUGAUAAUGUGAAUCUGCCGCAGGGCGUCAGGACCAUUUACUCCGCGGACGGAACCAAAAAGAUCACCAGCACCGAUCAACUGUUGGAGGGCGAGAGCUACGUGUGCGGCUCCAUUGAGGUCUUCAAGAAGCUCGACUACACCAAGAACGUCAACCCCAACUGGUCUGUGAAUGUCAAAGCUUCGUCUGGGGCGGCCGCCCGCGGGCCCCUUUCUCUGGGCAGCUCCAAGGCCGGACCGCCAGACACCCGGGACCAGGGGGUGAAGGAUUUCAUCCGGCCCAAGCUGGUGACAGUGGUGCGGAGCGGGGUGAAGCCCAGGAAGGCUGUACGGAUUCUGCUCAAUAAGAAGACGGCCCAUUCAUACGAACAGGUCCUCACCGACAUCACGGAGGCCGUCAAACUGGACUCUGGGGUGGUGAAGAAGAUCUAUACACUGGAUGGAAAACAGGUGACAUGUCUCCAAGACUUCUUCGGUGACGAGGACAUCUUCGUAGCGUGUGGACCGGAGAAAUACCGUUACCAAGACGACUUCCAGCUGGAAGAGAGCGAGUGUCGUGUGAUGAAGUCAGUGGUCUUUGGUAAAAUGUCCGCCCCUGUGACCAGCCGUGGUUCUCCGCGCUCCAUGGGCCUGUCAAGAGGCAGCAAGUCCCCCGCAGGCUCCGUUAACGGGAAUCCGACCAGUCAUCUGUCCACUCCUUGCUCGGGGAAAUCUCCCAGCCCCUCCCCUUCCAGCCCUGCUACAGACUUCAGACCUAGCAGGGAGUCUCAGGGUUCGUCUAUCUCUCUGGCCUCUACCAAAGUCUGUAAUUCAUUGGCUGAAGGGGAUGGACCAGUCACUGAAUCUCAGCCAGUAGUAGAGGAUGAGAUCCCGGUGGUGCCUGUCUCCAUAUCAGAGCGCUACAGAGUGGGACGUACUUUGGGAGAUGGUAACUUUGCGGUGGUCCGGGAAUGUGUGGAACACUCUACAGGCAGAGAAUACGCCCUGAAGAUCAUUAACAAGGGCCGGCGCCGGGGCAAGGAGCAGAUGAUCCAGAAUGAGGUAGCCAUCCUCAGGAGGGUGAAACACCCCAACAUUGUCCUGCUGAUUGAGGAGAUGGACACUUACAGCGAGCUCUACCUGGUCAUGGAACUGGUUAAGGGGGGCGAUCUGUUCGAUGCCAUCACGUCCACUAACAGAUACACAGAGAGAGACGCCAGCGGGAUGCUGUACAACCUGGCCAAUGCCAUCAAAUACCUCCACAGCCUCAACAUCGUACACAGGGACGUCAAACCAGAAAACUUACUGGUGUAUGAGCAUGCUGAUGGCAGUAAGAGUCUGAAGUUGGGAGACUUUGGUCUGGCCACGGUAGUAGACGGACCUCUCUACACAGUCUGUGGGACACCCACAUAUGUAGCACCCGAGAUCAUCGCAGAGACAGGGUAUGGCCUUAAGGUAGAUAUCUGGGCAGUAGGAGUCAUCGCCUACAUCUUGUUGUGUGGCUUCCCUCCCUUCCGCGGGAGCAGUGAUGACCAGGAGGUGUUGUUUGACCAGAUCCUAAUGAGGCAGCUGGAGUUCCCUCUCCUUUACUGGGACAAUGUGUCAGAGACUGCCAAGGAGCUGAUCAGGUCCAUGCUGCAGGUGGAGGUGGAUCAGAGAUACACAGCAGUACAGGUGUUGGAGCACCCUUGGGUCAAGGAUGGCGGUGUGUCAGAGAAUGAACAGGAGCUGUCAGUAGCAGGAAAGUUAAAGAAGCACUUCAACACCGGCCCUAAAGCUAAUGACACCACCGCCGGGGUGUCUGUCGUUACGUUGGAGCACAGCUUUUGUUUGCAGCGCUCUGGGUCGUUGGACUUCUACCAGCACCCGGCCAUGUACUGGAUAAGGCCACCGCUCUUGAUAAGGAGGGGCAGGUUCUCAGACGAAGACGCAACCAGGAUGUGAGCUCAUGCCUGUUGCCGUUGAUGACAACAACAACAAAAAUGGACAUACCGCCCAGCUACCUCCCAGCCUGACCAUCACCCCCCUCUCUCUGACCUUUAACCUCGUCUCCGCCCUUAAUCCCUCCCAUAGCACCAUUCUCACGGGAGAGGUGAAGAGGUGGAACAGGGAACAGGGGACGGCCGAUAGUCCAAAAACAGGAAAAGAAGAAGGGAGAAAAAGAGAAACAUUGUCCCAUGGGACAGAGAGCUGGAGAUCUGGGCAGACAUGUCAGUUAACCCUUUGUGAGGAUCUAUGCUCAACAUGGUAACGGGCCACUAGUCUGUGUCAACAUGGUAACGGGCCACCUCCACUAGUCUGGGUCAACAUGGUGACAGGUCACCUCCACCAGUCUGGGUCAACAUGGUAACGGGCCACUAGUCUGGGUCAACAUGGUGACAGGUCACCUCCACUAGUCUGGGUCAUCAUGGUAAUGGGUCACCUCCACUAGUCUGGGUCAACAUGGUAACAGGUCACCUCCACUAGUCUGGGUCAACAUGGUAACAGGUCAACUCCACCAGUCUGGGUCAACAUGGUAACAGGUCACCUCCACCAGUCUGGGUCAACAUGGUAACAGGUCAACUCCACCAGUCUGGGUCUACAUGGUAACAGGUCAUCUCCAACAGUCUGGGUCUACAUGGUAACAGGUCAUCUCCACCAGUCUGGGUCAACAUGGUAACAGGUCACCUCCACCAGUCUGGGUCAACAUGGUAACAGGUCACCUCCACCAGUCUGGGUCAACAUGGUGACAGGUCAUCUCCACCAGUCUGGGUCAACAUGGUAACAGGUCAUCUCCACCAGUCUGGGUCAACAUGGUGACAGGUCACCUCCACUAGUCUGGGUCUACAUGGUAACAGGUCACCUCCACUAGUCUGGGUCAUCAUGGUAACAGGUCACCUCCACCAGUCUGGGUCAACAUGGUAACAGGUCACCUCCACUAGAUACAGUCUGGGUCAUCAUGGUAACAGGUCAACUCCACCAGUCUGGGUCAACAUGGUAACAGGUCACCUCCACCAGUCUGGGUCAACAUGGUAUCAGGUCACCUCCACCAGUCUGGGUCUACAUGGUAACAGGUCACCUCCACCAGUCUGGGUCUACAUGGUAACAGGUCACCUCCACCAGUCUGGGUCAACAUGGUAACAGGUCACCUCCACCAGUCUGGGUCAACAUGGUAACAGGUCACCUCCACCAGUCUGGGUCUACAUGGUAACAGGUCACCUCCACCAGUCUGGGUCAACAUGGUAACAGGUCACCUCCACCAGUCUGGGUCAACAUGGUAACAGGUCACCUCCACCAGUCUGGGUCAACAUG